UAUAGAGAUGGCUAGGGACAGGGAUUUGUCAAGGUCGCCGUUGUACCGGCGAAGGUAUUCGCGAUCACCAUCGCCUGUGGGGCACAGGUAUAACAGGAGAAGUCGAAGAGAUAGAAGCAUUUCCCCGUAUUCACAUAGCAGAUGAAUGUUGAUGGUCAAGUUGUGUACUUAAUGAUAUUGCUUAUGACAUCUUAUUGCUCUGAGAGUUUUCACUUUCGUUGGGACUAUGAUAAUCUAUAUGCUUGCAGUUGAUGACCGUCAUACUUUGUUCGAGUUUUUGUCCAUUCUUUCCUCAAUCUCAUGAUUGUGCUGCUCGGUUUUUAAGCCAUAAUGUUAGGUUAUCUGAGUUUGAGAAUUUAUCUUUUGUACUGAAAAUUGGAACAAUACCAAGAGAGAUAUUUGAGCAAAACAUCCAGAAUGUUAUAUGAUCAAGAUAGUAUACACCUCUUUUUACUAAAAAGUAAAUGAAAGCAGUUGCUUUCCUUCAAAAGAAAUGGUGCCGAUGGGUGUCCUAUCCGUUGCUCGAUUGUUAGGCGGUUUCUUGUGAUAAAAAGAUGGAGCACUGUAUAUUCUUAGCAAUGUAUGAGGUAACUGCAUGAAUUUUUAUCUCCCCGUGCUGGAUGGUGGGUGGCCAUGAUGAUAACGUAUAAUCUAUGAUGCCCAAAAUUAUAGUUGUUGCUUAAUAUUUUCUAUGUUCUUACACAGGAGAAGAAGUCGUUCAAUUUCUCCUCGACGCCGCAAAAGUCGUUCCCCAACUCUAAAACGGCGUAGAAGUCGCUCUCCAACACAAAGGCGUCAUAGAAGACAAAAAAGUAGGAGUACUUCGUUGUCUCCUAUUAGUAAAUCUUCCACUCCAAGUAUUGGAUCAACAGAUCGCAAAAAUGCCAGUGAAAAAUUGAGAAAAGAAGAUGAAGAAGAGAAGAAAAGGCGUCAACAAGAGGCAGAACUGAAGCUCAUAGAAGAAGAAACUGCAAAGAGAGUGGAAGAAACAGUAAGAAAGAAAGUUGAAGAGAGCUUGAACUCUGAGGAGAUCAAGCUGGAAAUUCAUAGGCGAUUGGACGAAGGUCGGAAGAGACUUCUUGAUGAGGUUGCAGCUCAACUUGAGAAAGAGAAGGACGCUGCUCUUAUUGAGGCAAAACAAAAAGAGGAACAAGCUCGAAAAGAGAAAGAAGAGCUAGAAAGGAUGCUUGAAGAGAACCGGAGGAGGGUGGAAGAAUCCCAAAGAAAAGAAGCUUUAGAGCAGCAGCGUAGGGAGGAGGAACGCUACAGAGAACUGGAAGAGAUUCAAAGACAAAAAGAAGAGGCUAUGCGUAGGAAAAAGCAGCAAGAGGAGGAAGAACGGGCAAAGCAGCUGAAAUUGUUGGGCAAGAACAAAUCCCGGCCAAAAGUGUCGUUUGCAAUUGGUUUGAAAUGAUUAAUAACAAAGGCCAGGUCAUUAGAUCGCUCUUCUAUAUACAUGGCCAGAGUUCCUCUGGAUGUGAUUCAGAGGAAGUUAAUUGUGGAAGUGGUACAGUAUUAAUGUCUUCACACUUGUUUUUUCUUCUGAGCUGCUUAGUUUAUGUUUGUAUGAGUGGGGACAUGGAAUGAAGUGAUACAGGUUACACAUUCAGAGACAUCAAGGAGGAGGGUUUUGUUUUUUUGAAAAGUAAAAAUUUCUUUGAGAAGAUAUGUGAAUGCACAAAUUACUCCCUUCAACUGUUACUUCAAAUCCAUAUUACAGUAAGCUCUAAAAUUUAAUGUAUA